GGAUAGGAAUUAAGUGGUAUCACAUCAUUCACACACAACGCGAAAAGGCGAUAAGAACCCGCGGAAAUUCGCUCCAGUUGGAAAUUUUCCACUCACACGAAGACCUUCGCGUUGCCUUCUCUUCGCUUUGACAGGAAAUCGCAGCUCUACCGUCUUUGCAUUUACUUUGUAUGUAAACUCACCUCCCCGAAUGCUCCCUUCGCUUUUGGUCUGAAAGCACAUCAACAGAACCCCGUGAUCAAAGGCGACCAGAACAAAGCUGACUUUAAGUCUCUGCCACUUGAAGUCGUUUUAGGCGGAAAGGCCACCUGUCUGUCUGUCUGCCCGACUGACUGACUGACAGAAAAGUGGUGACGUUGCAGGAUGACGCAGACGAUGAUGACGAUGCAACGCGGAGAUAACGGAGCUGGUUCAUGUGAGGAAAAGCUGGAUCCCUAACCAACUGAUAAGAAAAUGAUUUGGUGCACAUUUGUUUCUCUGUAUUUGUGUUAUGAAGUGGCUUAAAUGUAUUUAUCAUUCCCACAAGAGACAUGGCCUCUUUAACCUGUUGUAAGAUUAUUUAAUAGCAGAAAUUGUGUCACACCCAACAAGAGACCUUCGCAAAGGAUGGUCUCAAAGAUCCCUUCAGGGUCUGCUCUGCCAGACAGCAAGACACGAUGCAGGGACAGCGGGCCACCGCGGCUUCAUGCUGAACCGGAUCAGAAGAAGCAGGCCAAGAGCUUCACGCGGAGAGAUGGGCUGAGGGUGUGCGCGUGCACAUGCUCGUGUGCAGGAGUGACUCAGUUGUAUAAAACUUCUCCAAGAGUGCACAGAGACCACAGAGUCGGACACCCACGAUGUUUCCCUGCAGCGCUCUUCCGCCUCCUCUCUACCCGGGCUUACUGCGUCCCCCUGCGGCUCUCUCCUCGCCCCUGACCCGGUCACUCCCCUCGGGCUUCCUAGUAGAAGAUCUCCUCCGAUUAAGCCAGCCUGUCAGCUACGUACAUCGGACUUUCUCUGCCAGAAGUCCCGGGGACAUUCUCCCGCUCAGCCCCGGGCCGGGCGCCUCUCCCCGGGCGUUGGGACCCAGCACAGAGCGGUCUGUGCUUCAGAGCCCCAGCUCUCCGCAGACCGUCUGCCCGGACUCCGGCUACCUCAAGUUCGGCGUCAGUGCGAUACUGGCACCGUCAACCCGGAGCGUCCAGAGUUUUCAGGCUAAGUCCUUCCCUUGGUCUUUCUUUGAUGGAAGCCUCCAUCCUUUCAUCAGAGCCUCCUACUUCACAGCCUCCUCCACUGCGAUUCCUGUCCCGGGGACGUUUUCAUGGCCCCCGGCACCCAGAGGGAAGCCCAGGAGGGGCAUGCUGCGGCGGGCUGUGUUCUCAGACCUCCAGAGGAAGGCCCUUGAGAGAACUUUCCAGAGGCAGAAAUACAUAAGCAAACCGGACAGGAAGAAACUUGCCAGUAAACUUGGACUUAAAGACUCCCAGGUGAAGAUCUGGUUUCAGAACCGCAGGAUGAAAUGGAGGAACUCCAAGGAGAGGGAGCUGCUGUCGACGGGCGGCUGUCGCCAGCAGACCCUUCCCACCAAAACCAACCCCCACCCAGACCUCACCGAUGUAGGCAGCACCUACUGCCACAGGCUGGACAGGACCGCACCCGCCAGCCAGGCACAGCUGGACAGCCAGGAGUCACAUCUUCACCACCACCACCAUCAUCACAAUCCUUCCUCUCCGUCAGAGUCCAGCAAACAGUCCUCAGAGUCAGACACUGAAGAAAUCACAGUUUCAUAAGACCAGUCCACAGAACAGCCUGCUCUGAGACACGGUCAGCUGUGAAGGAUGGCAGGACAGAAAAAGAGUUAAAGAAACUGGCGAAAUGGAAGGAAAUACCACGAGAGUUUGAAUCUGCUCUGUACAUAGCUGUGUUUUCUCAGCCUUUCAGUGCCAUUUUUCUGUACAGUGUUGUUUAUAUUACUUUUAUAUGUAGUUCAGUAUAUCUAUAUACAGUAACUAAGGUAUGCUGAGCUAUUUUAGAUAUUUGUAGAUUGAAAUGUUUAAAACUCUUAAAUAUACAAAUUGUUCUUUCCAUACAUAUUUGUAUUCUUUAUAUUUUCUCAAAUAAAUCUUGAAAAGAC